AUGAGAGACGCAUUUGGCCGCUCGGAAAAUGAAUAUUCACGACUUGUCGCGAAAACCAACAACAAAAUGCUCAAUCAACUCUGGGAGAAAAAGAAAAUCCCAGAAGAGGCGUGGACUGAUCACUCGCUCGAGCUCUUCUUGGCCUGGCUAGCCAGCCAUGAUACAAACAAUCGAAUGGACAUGAAUCCAUUAGGUGCUGGUGAACGGGAAGGCCGAGUAAAAUCGGCAUUUGUGAGACGUCUUCAUUGCAAUCUUUCUCAUGGUAUCGGACGUUCGGGAAACUUAUGCGAAAUUCAGCCGAAAGCCCUGGGUUCGUCGAUGUUGAAUUGUCUUGCCAACGAGUUCGCUCUUCAUUCUUUACACACUUUAGGUCUAACUUGUGCUCGGGGAGCUCUCGUAGUACCCGUCGCUACCGGAAUGGCGUUAAUGUUAUGUAUGGGUUCUUGGAGAAAGGCACGCCCAAAUGCAAAAUACGUCGUUUGGUUACGCGUUGAUCAAAAAAGUUGCUUCAAGUCAAUCCUAACUGCAGGUUACGAGCCGCUAGUUGUUGAUCCAAUUCGAGUUGGUGAUGCUCUUGUUACAGACAUUGAGAGACUGAAUGCACUUGUGGAAGAAAAAGGAGAAGAAAUCCUUUGUGUUCUCUCAACUACUUCAGCUUUUGCUCCUCGAGCACCCGAUGAUAUUGAAGCCAUUGCAGCGAUUUGCAGAACGCAUGAUAUAUUUCAUCUUGUCAAUAACGCGUACGGUUUGCAAAGUACCGAAUGCAUACGACGGCUCAAUAAUGCAAAAAAUUCUGGUCGUAUGGAUGCUUUUGUUCAAUCACUUGAUAAAAACUUUCAAGUUCCAGUUGGAGGGGCUAUUAUUGCGACAACGAAACAAUCACAGGCCGCAUCUAUUGCACAAUUUUAUCCAGGAAGAGCUUCGUGUGUUCCUUCAAGGGACUUUGUGUUGACUUGUUUAAGUCAAGGUAUUCGAUCGUUGUUGGAGGGAUUUGAGGACCAACAUCGUCUUUUCGAGAAAAUGCGCAGAAAAUUACGGGCAUUUGCGGAUGAGAUCGGCGAAAAUGUAUAUGAUGUUCCUGAUAACAAAAUCAGUUUAGCCAUGACUCUUUCAACGAUUCCACCAGAAAAACAAACUCUUUUUGGAUCAAUCUUGUUUAGUAGAGGAAUUACGGGUGCCAGAGUUGUGAUGUCAACAACAAAGGUUAGCCGAGUGGAAAAUUACGAAUUUCUGAAUUUUGGAUCGCACACAAACGAGCAACAUGGUGGAUAUCUGGCAAUGGCUUGUGGUGUUGGAAUGAUUGACGGGGAACUUGAUGAACUAUUCACAAGGCUCUCUUCAACUUAUCUCAGAUUUAUUCACAAAGUCACUCAUUCUGCAAAAGCUCAUUCAACGAGCUUUGAUGUGGAUCGGGACGAAUUCAGUGAAACGGAUAAAGAU